AUGUCAGAAGGAAGCUUGAAAUGCUCCUUCUGCACAGCAGUUUUGAUGGAUGAAAACUAUCUGAGGUGCCAUAUUUCCAGAUUUCACGGAGACCAAAUGCCGUUCUCAUGUACUCAAUGCGGUAGAGGUUACAUUACUGCAAGGGGCCUGUCCCAUCAUUUGCAGUCGCACAAGGGGAAAACAUUUAUGUGCCCAGUCUGUGACGCAAAAUUCACCCAGAAGUUCACAAUUAAAAGGCAUCUGCGAGUUGUCCACAGAUCUGCACGGUGCCAAACAUGCUUUGCAAUAUUAAAAACAUAA